UUUUGUAGGCAAUAUUUCACUAACCAUACCCAGGACCGAUUUAGGUUGUUGACAUAUAGUGAAAACAUAUAUUCUUCAUUUUGUUCAUUUGUUUUCACACAAUAAUUCAACGAUUGGGGCUUUUAUACGUAAAAUAUGAACUAGCUGAAUUGGGCCAAAGACCCAAUACAUAAUUGGGCCAAAGAUUCUUAAUCGCUUUGAAAUAAGUAAAAUCGCAACAAAAAAAAACCCGACGAAUUGCGUUGAGAAUGAAAAAUUUGACGAAACUGAGUUAUCCCGCCCCCGUAAAAAUUCAAAAUAUUUCACACAGAUUUGAAUUUCUCUCGCACGUGCGAGCUCGAAAAUUUUCAUUUUCAAUUAUAAAACCCGCCCAAGAUGAUGGCCUUAAAAAAAAAAUCGCCAGAUCGUCUCUCCCCUCUCACUGAAAAAAAAAAAAAAAGCUUUUCUCCUUUAUUCCUUCUGUCCCCUCGCUUUACCGUUCCGCAAGUCGUUUUAGAGCUGUCACGAAGGAGAAUCUAUCGAAGAAGAUUCAAUAGGGAUUAAUCAUAAUGCCAGAAGCGAGAGACCGACGCGAGAGGUCUGUGGAUUACCCCGCCGCGUUUCUCAACCGGCGAUCCCACGGGAUCUUGCUCGACGAGUCACCACUUCGGUCUCCUGUUCAGAGACUGCCUUCUUCAGAAUCGUUAGUGUUUGGGAGAGGUGGAUUUGCGAGGGGCAAUUUGGGAAUUCGACGGACAGGUGGCGGUGGAGGUAGAAGGCGUGGCAGGGCACGUGCCUCAGCUUCUGUGUUGCCUUCUUGGUAUCCAAGAACGCCUCUCCGUGACGUGUCUUCUGUCGUUAGGGCGAUUGAGAGGAGGAGAGCUCGUGUGGGAGACGUUGAGACCCCAACUCCACAGCAGCUUGAGGUGGUUCUUGAUGAUUCUUUAGCACCAGUGUCUGGCGAGCGGAACUACUCCAUGGUGACUCCUGGUCCGUCUGUUGGGUUCAAGCGUCCCUGGCCGCCUUCGACUGCUAAAGUCCAUCAGAUUCUGCUCGACAUCACAAGGCAGAGUUCAGCGGAAGAGGAAGAGGAAGCGCUCACUCCGCAGAAGAAGCUCCUCAACUCUAUUGAUAAAGUGGAGAAGGUUGUGAUGGAAGAGAUUCAGAAGAUGAAGAGCACUCCUAGUGCUAAGAGAGCUGAAAGGGAGAAAAGGGUCCGGACUUUAAUGUCCAUGCGAUGAUGGGACAUCAUCUUCUGAUGAUAGCAAAGAGGGAGAAGUGGAUCAUCUACUGGUGAUAUAUGUUCAUGAGCUUUUUUAGAUCUGUUAUUAUCAUCUCUCUGAUGAUAUUACUAGGAAGAAGUCAAUCAUCUCUCUGAUGAUGUUAUAGUAGGAAGAUUCUAUCAUUUUACUGAUGAUAAAACAUAGCAAGAGAUUCGUCUUCUUUAGGUAGUUUUGGUUUUUAGGAUAGUUCACUGAUCUUAUGUUGUUGAGAACCUUUUCUUUAGGCUGCUUUGUAUUUUCCACAUAUGAUGGAUGAUGUCUUCUUGGUUUAAACAGAUUGUACAAAACUAUCAAACUUCGGUUUUUUGUCGGACAUCCUUUCUCCU